UCACCACCAAACAGUCGCAUCAACCCGCAAUUUCUCAGUGAAACCGCCACCGUGAGUAGCUAAUUAGCUAUGGCCGGAAGGAAGCUUAUGAUGCAGGCGGUUCAGUACGACGGUUAUGGAGGCGGCGCCGCCGCUCUGAAGCAUGUUGAAGUUCCAGUGCCUACUCCCGGUAAAGGUGAGGUUUUGCUAAAGCUUGAAGCCACAAGCAUAAACCCAAUUGAUUGGAAAAUCCAAAAAGGCAUCCUCCGCCCUCUUCUCCCCGGCAAAUUUCCUUACAUACCUGCAACUGAUGUUGCAGGAGAAGUAGUUGACAUCGGGUUUGGUGUGGAGCAUUUCAAGGCGGGUGACAAAGUCGUGGCUAUACUCAGUCAUUUUAGUGGAGGUGGAUUUGCAGAGUAUGCUGUGGCUAAAGAGAGCCUCACGGCCAUAAGACCAGCACAGGUACAAGCUGCCGAAGCAGCCGGGCUUCCCGUUGCGGGCCUAACAGCCCACCAGGCCCUGGUUGAGCUAGCCGGGAUAAAGCUCGGCAGCGGCAGCAGCAGCAGCCCACCUAAGAAUGUGCUCGUGACAGCUGCCUCAGGCGGGGUGGGCCACUACGCCGUUCAGCUCGCAAAGCUGGGGAACGCGCACGUGACCGCCACGUGUGGGGCCCGAAACAUCGAGUUCGUGAAGAGUUUGGGAGCGGACGAGGUGAUUGACUAUAAUACCCCCGAAGGAGCGGCACUCAAGAGCCCGUCGGGCAAAAAGUACGACGCGGUCAUCCACUGCGCCACGGGCAUCCCGUGGUCGACGUUUGAGCCACAGCUGAGCGAGAACGGGAAGGUGAUAGACCUAACCCCAGGGCCAAAGGCCAUGUGGACAUUUGCUGUAAAGAAACUCACCAUGUCAAAGAAGCAAUUGAUCCCAUUGCUUUUGUCCCCAAAGAGUGUGAACUUGGAGUACCUUGCUGGGUUGGUGAAGGAGGGGAAGGUCAAAAGCGUCAUUGACUCCAGGUACCCUUUAAGCAAGGCAGAAGAUGCUUGGGCUAAGAGCAUCGACGGGCACGCUACCGGCAAAAUCAUUGUGGAGCCCUGAAAAGAAAAAGAAAAAAAAACAAAGUGGUCUAUGUUUAUGGACAUUUAUUUGUCUCUUAUGAUAAACAUUGUUUCUUGACCUUUUGAGUUUUAAAUGAUGCUUCCAUAAUGCUCUUCUUUUCGGUUGUAAUUUUAAAUUUGGAUUUUGAAGGAAAUGGGAAGAAGUUAGAUGGAACUAGGGCCCUAUUUGACAUUGAUCUUUAGAGAUUAGCGUUAGUGUUUUGAAAAGACUAUCUGAUGGUAGCAUUUAGUGUUACUGUUUUCAGAGUUAAUCUGUACCGUUAAAAUUUAUCUAAAACGUUAAUGUUAAUUGAAAAUGCUCUUUUCAAACAAAUUCUAGAAUGGGUU